AUUAGGGCUUUUAUUAGGUAAGGCUUUGGUUGUGAGGAAGAAAUGCGCCUCUGGAGCGCCUUGGUGCUAUGGGUCCUUCUCGCGGCGCUGCUCAGCACGGCCGAUCGGAGAAUCGCCGAGUGGCGAGGUGUGUCCACCGAGAGCUCGUCGUCGCGGUGGCAAAGAUUUCGGAUCCAGCUCCCGACGCUCGCCGAUGGAGUUUCUUUUGGAUACAUUGUGGAUGAUUCUUCGUCGCUGGUCGAUUCGGCGGCAUCGUGGCUGCGCCGCGCGGCGGACCGCGUCUCCGGGGCCUUCUGGGGUUUUGUGGACUUCUUGGAGCGCUCCAGGCGCGAUUUCUACUCCAAGAUCAACGAUCUUGUGCUUCCGGCGCGCUCUUCCUUCAGGUCUCCAUUUGGUAAUUCCGGAGCUACUGAGCCGCUUGCAGCUGUGAUUCCGGAGCCACCGACGAUAUCCCACACACAUGACCUGAGAGAGCGGCUCUACCUUGCAGCGGAUAAAGCGAUCAAAGCCUUUUCUUUUUACGACCGGCCAGGUUCUUGUUUGAGCGCCGUGGAUGGGGAAUUGCCGGUGUUGAGAGAAAUGGUGAAGCACGAGCUCGGAGCAGGAGUUUGUGGAGCUGCGGAAGUGGACCAUGAGUUUUGCAAGGUCUUCAACAUUGACAAGGAGAUGACUGUCGAUAUGGUUUUCUCAAUCUUGAACGUUAACCCAGUCGAUGUUGUUGCGAGGCAUGUGGAACAAAAGCGGCACUGUCACAGUGAAUUCGGAGCCGGACACUGGCAGAAGAAUGCUCUUGCUCUUGGACAUAUGUUUCACGAGAGUAACAAAUUCGCUACGGCGAUUGUUGACAGCCCUGAAGAGUCCUAUCAGCAUGCUGCUUCUCUUUCUCGACUGGGACAAGAGCGGGUGCCUUUGAUUUGCAAGAGCACUCGUUGUCCAGAUGUGCUCCAAGCUUGCCACCUCAGGAAGAAGCAUCCAAAUGUCUUUGCGGCGCUCUUCUCUUCGACCUUCCGCCCCUGGGACAUUGCACGCGGUGACACACUGGCUCCGCGACGCCUGGUCCGCUACCGAAGGGCAAUGCUUUUCCCUCGCAUGCCAGUCAUGGGCAUCCAGGUUUACAGCGACAGCAGGGUCGUCACGACGCUCGUGGCUUUUGGCACUCUCAGCCUUGACAAACCGAUCGAGAGACCUGCCGCAGUGCCGCAAAUCAGGAAGCGCGAAACUGACGAGCCUGUCAUCAGGAUGAACGCAAAGAGUGCUGGAGCUGCCGCGAUGUGAGCGGUGCUUGCGGUGUACAUACUAAGAAACUCAAGCUGUUCGUUUUACUACUGCAACUACUACCGCAGCCGAGAAUAAUCUACGUACAUUUUCUCCUUGCU